UCGCAAACACUCUGUUUUUGUUGUCCAUGCAUUCUCAAGGUUGAAAUUAAGAAACAACCUGAUAAGUCUGAUAACUGUGUUUUGCCGAAUAAUGUUCAGUACCAAUAGUUCGAACCUUGUACCAUUUUCUCUUCUUCAUUGUGCAACCAUGUUUUUCAACAUUCUCUUCUUUUUGGUAUUGGUAUCCUCAACAACUUUCGUGUAUUCAUUUUCAAACAAUGUCACCGAUCAACAGGCUUUGCUUUCCUUCAAGGUCUCAAUAACUGGUCCCCUGGGAGUCCUAGACUCAUGGAAUGAUUCCAUUCACUUCUGUCAUUGGACAGGCGUUACAUGCAACCGCAAAAGACAGAGGGUAACAGCACUCGACCUCUCAUUAGAACGUUUGGUGGGUAAAUUGUCUCCUCAUAUUGGAAACUUAUCGUUUCUAAGAACACUUUACCUAUAUGAAAACAACCUUUAUGGCAUGAUUCCAAAUGAAAUUGGUCGACUGUCGCGCCUAAGACAUCUUUCUCUGGGAAACAACUCUUUUCAAGGCAGAUUUCCUGACAAUCUGCUUCAUUGCAGAGAUAUCACAUUCAUCAAUUUGGAUAACAACCAUCUUGAAGGAAAACUACCCACUGAUUUUUCUUUUUGGUCUAAGCUCGAUAAGUUUUUUGUUACAAGCAAUCAUAUUAAUGGAUCAAUUCCACCUUCAAUAGGGAAUAUAUCAUCUCUUCGUGCUCUUAAUCUAGGCGGUAAUAAUCUGUUUGGGGAGAUACCUUCGGAACUGGGUCAUCUUGCAAAAUUAGAGGAUCUUGAUUUGACUCAAAACAGGUUUUCGGGUAUGGUUCCCCAGUCACUUUACAACAUUUCGUCUCUUUAUUCUCUUCGUCUAGCUCAUAAUGUGUUCAAAGGAAACCUUCCAUCGGAUUUGGGUUUUAUCCAGCUUCCCAGACUGCAAUUCUUCAACGCUGUAAAUAACAGUUUUACAGGCCCAAUUCCAGCUUCGAUAGCUAAUGCUUCAAAUCUUGUUUACUUUGACAUAUCAGGUAACAAUAUAACUGGGCCUAUACCAAACAAUUUGGGCAGCCUUCCUGAUAUUCAAGUUCUUGGUCUCGGUCAGAAUCUCCUUGGAGAGAAUAUGCGGCCUAAUGACUGGAGCUUUUUCGAUUCCUUGGUUAAUUGCACGCAUCUAACAAGAUUGGGCUUACAUGAGAGUAGUUUAAGAGGGGAACUUCCCAAUUCCAUUGCAAAUCUCUCCACCACCCUGGAAGGCUUAUAUCUUUACGGCAACUACAUAUACGGAAGCAUACCUCAUGAAAUUGGAAAACUUGUCAACUUGAAAGUACUUAACUUUGGAGACAACUUGUUAACGGGGAUCAUUCCACAAUCAAUCGGAAGACUAUCCAAGUUAGGCAGGCUAACUUUGUAUGAUAACAACAUUACAGGAGCAAUUCCAACUAUCAUCAGCAACUUUACUGAGUUGGUUACUCUUUAUUUAUAUGGUAAUAUGCUCCAAGGAAGCAUACCCACUCAAUUGUUUAACAUCUCAACUCUAGAGAAAGUGUUCCUUGAUAACAACCAACUUAGAGGUGCAAUACCCAAGGAAAUUGUGCUUCUUUCCCAUUGUAUUGUCCUUUAUUUGAACCAAAAUCUAUUCAAUGGUCCACUCCCGGCCAACAUUGGAAGCUUGAAACAAUUGGUUGAAUUUGAUGUUUCAAACAACAAAUUAAGAGGAUAUAUUCCAAAUGCUCUUGGUGAUUGUGUAAUGUUGGAGACGCUAUAUAUGGAAGGAAACCUUUUUCAAGGUAAAAUUCCAUCAUCUUUCAGAGCUUUGAAAAAUUUAGCAUAUCUUGAUCUUUCGAACAAUAACAUCUCUGGGAGCAUUCCAAGCUUUUUUGAUGGGUUUCGUCAAAUUAUAUUCCUCAACCUGUCACACAACAAGCUUGAGGGUGAAGUUUCGAAUGAAGGUCUGUUCUUAAAAGUGGGUGCUUUUUCACUUGAUGGAAAUUCGGAGCUUUGUGGUGGUAUUAAGGAAUUGCAUUUGCCUGCUUGCCCUGAAAAAGCCUUGAAGAAUAAGAAAAAAGCAUUUUCCUGGAGAAUAAUACUAAUCCUGAUUCUUGUCCCCAUCGGUAUGGUGUUAGCAUGUCUUUUGUUAAUUACUUAUCGACGUAGAAACUCCAAGAAGAAGCUGAACGGCCCUGUCCUGGUUUUAAAGGAUGAUCAAUAUCCUAAACUUUCAUACCAAGACCUUUUACUAGCUACAAAUGAGUUUUCUCCGGACAAUUUGAUUGGUGAAGGAAGAUAUGGUUCCGUUUACAAAGGACAUCUUGAAUCAGUGGAACAGGUAGUUGCUGUGAAGGUACUAAACGGUGAAAUUCAUGGAGCCAAUAAGACAUUUUUGGCAGAAUGUGAAACAUUAAGAAAUAUUCGCCAUCGAAAUCUUAUCAAGAUCAUCACAGCAUGCUCUAGCAUUGAUUUUAAGGGCAAUGACUUCAAGGCAUUGGUUUUUGAUUUCAUGACAAAUGGGAGUCUAGACAGUUGGUUGCAUCCAGGCCCUUUCAAUCAAAGCGAUGAGAGAAACUUGUCUCUACUCCAAAGAUUAAACAUUUCCAUAGAUGUUGCACUGGGAGUAGAUUACCUGCAUCAUCACACGCAUGAAAGUAUCAUUCAUUGCGACCUAAAGCCAAGUAACAUUCUUCUUGAUGAGAAUUUUGUGGCUCGUAUCGGUGAUUUUGGUUUGGCAAGGUUCUGCUUUUCUAAUACCUCUACGUCUACGGGUGACAUCAAUCAAGCACAAACGAGUUCAAGUGGUAUACGUGGGACAAUUGGUUAUGUUCCUCCAGAGUAUGGGAUGUUUGGGGAGAUAUCCGCGGAGGGAGAUGUGUAUAGCUUUGGAAUUCUCCUAUUAGAAAUGUUUUCAGGGAAGCGGCCUACGGACGAUGACAAUAAUCUUCACGACUUUGUGAAGAAGGCACUCCCUCAAAGAGUGAUGGAUAUCGUUGAUCCACGGAUCAUACUCAAUCAAGAACAUGGCAUGACUAUAGAUCCAUCAUACAGUGGGGUUGUCAUAGAGGUAUGCCUGAAAUUGAUUUUUGAAGUGGGGAUAUUAUGUUCGGAAGUGACGCCAAGAGAACGGAUUGAUAUUGGUGUUGCUAUUAAGCAGUUACGUUUGGCAAGAGACAAACUUGUACAGGGCACACAGUAACUUGGGUGAGAGUAAAAAUAGGCAUCCUGAUAUUUACUCUCUGAAGGUGACAAGGGAGAGUCUGUUUUUAUGCAUUUUCCAUAUUUUUAUCUUUUUAUAUUUAUAUGUUUGGAUAUUUACAUAUUUACGAUCGGUGUUUUGAAAAACACGAAACAUACAUAAUUGAUGAAGACACUGUACAUGAAGUGAUCCAAUAUUAAUUGGAUAAUGGGAUGAUUUUGAUUGUUUGCUGC